GAACUCGCAAAGUGAACCUCACGUCCUGGCAUCAUGACAAAGGCCAGGCAAACCUAUCAGAUAUGACAUUCAGUGAUGGAAAACUAAUUGUUAAUCAAGAUGGUUUUUACUACCUUUAUGCCAACAUUUGUUUUAGACAUCACGAAACCUCAGGAAACCUGACUAAAAGAGGGCUUCAGCUGAUGGUGUAUAUGAUUAAGACAAACCCUAAAAUAAGGCGCUCUGAUGUGUUGAUGAAGGGAGGAAGCACGAAAUACUGGUCAGGGAAUUCAGAAUUCCAUUUUUACUCUGUAAAUGUAGGUGGGUUUUUUAAAUUAAAAUCUGGUGAAAUGAUAAGUGUCCAAGUAUCGAACCCGUUGCUACUGGAUUCAUCACAAGAGGCGACUUAUUUUGGGGCAUUUAAAGUUAGGGAUUUAGACUGA